AUGGCCCUGGGAGUCGGCUGAUAAUUACAGCUCUCAGUGGCUGCUGUGGAACUUACAAGGAGUCCUGGCUCAAUACAAACAGCACAUGAUUGGAGUCAGGUGAUACAUGGGAAGGAGAACAGCCCAGCAGAGGGGGAAGUUCUGUUCUUGUAGGGAGAAUCAUUCAGUACCAUGAAGUGAAAAUGAGCAUCUACACAUCCCUGCAACUUGUCUGCCUCCUAGCCUGUUCCGUCAGUAGCCAGCUCCUCACCACUCCGAUCCCGGCCAACUCUACUUGGGCAACGUUAAUAGAGGCAAACUGUAGCUUUGUUAAUACAACGCAGUGCGGAGCCUGUCCGGCAGGAACAUUCCCCAGCAAUGACACUGAAGACUGUACUUGUUGCACAAGUGGCUCCUGUAUAAACUCCUCCAGUUGCCUGUCCUGCCCAGUUGGCUACUACCAGCCCCAGAGUGGCCAGCAGCUGUGCUUCCCAUGCCCACAAGGAUUCUAUACCAAUGGAACCCAAAGCUCAGCUUGUGAGUCGUGCCAGGCAGGCUACUAUUCCAACCAAACGGCCUCCAGCGUGUGUGCACCCUGCAACAGAGGGUUUUACGCCACUCGUGAGAAUGCUACAUCAUGUGAGCCUUGCCCUCUGGGGUCCUAUUGCAACACUUCCAGCUGCCUCACCUGCACUGUCUGUCCCAAUGGAGAAGAAGCCUUAGCACAAGCUUCCACAGACUGUUCCUUUUGUCACCCAGGUUCGUAUAAAGGGCCUGGUGACGCCAUGUGCAAGUUCUGCCAAGAUGGUCAUUAUCAGUCCAAAUGGGGAGCAGCAAGUUGUGAUGUGUGUCCUGAAUAUCACUAUUGUCCUAGCCCAGACAUUAAUCCGAUUCAAUGCCCAGAAGAUGCCUUCUGCCCAGCGGGAAGCACAGAGCCGAGUUACUGUAUGGAGACCUUCUUCCGUAAAGCCGGAGACACGUGCCAAGUUGCGCCGCUCACUAUUGUAUUGCUGGUCGUUUGUGCCACGUGCCUAAUCAUCGUCAUCUUGUUUGCAGUGAGGAAGCAGAGAACUAGGGUAGAAAGAAACGUGAGAAGCUGCAGCUCAAAGUCCCGACUGCUGGACCCCCAGAUGUCCCCUAGUUAUCUGUAUGGAGUUACCCGCGAUACUGAGCCGGUGUAUGCCGGGUGGUGACUCUCACAUUCUGCUUUAUAUACGGGUAGAAGCCAAACACUUUUUCCCUUUAAAGAGAAAGUGCAGCUUCACAAAACUUUGUUUUCAUGUAUAUCAAAAAUGUGCUUUCUGUAUUUUUUGCUAGAACUUAUGUUAUAAAAAGUAUUUCCUUU